GCCAUCUUCCCUGUCUCUGUCCUCCCCAUGACCCCAAUUCCCUCCAAUGAAGUCCCCGAAAAGCUAUCAGAAUCGACUGAAGGAACCGAAGAAGAUGGCCAGGAGCUCGAAGUUCCAGCUCAAAGUAGCCAAACGCCCGUAACUCCACCUGCUCGUCAGGGAGCGCAAUCCAACAUCCCUCACGAAACGCCCGUGAAGUACUCUGGUUCUUCUUACCAUCAAUUUACCUCUAUGCACUAUGUACGGGAUGCACGAUACGGUCAGGCUGAAACGGAGAAUCGAGGCAAGUUCAUCUCGAUGGAUCCAGAAGAGUUUUUGGAUACUUUCUUGCCGGCUGUUUCUUCUGAGCCUUUCGAGCUCAAUGCCACUGCUCAACAAGAAUUCGUAAAAGCGGCGAAGUGUAAAAGAGAGAAAAACUCGUACAAGCAUCUCUGCGAAGCAAUAUCGGAAUAUUGUCCCUCUCUUGAAAUCAUCGAUACCAGUAAACAUCCUACGACUAUCACUUGGGGUGGACAGGAAGUAGAGAUCAAACCAGACCUUUCGUCGUAUCUGAGGGACGGGGAUACCGACAAGAGCGGUGCAGUGGACAUCGACAAAGUGGAAGUGACGCUCGAAGGCAAAUGGACCUCGGCAGACGAUGGAUUUGACGACAACGAAAAAAAUGCGUUCGAGCGAGACAGUGGCAGAGGGAGAGACACCCGUGGACAGAUCACAGCGUACGCUACCGCCCAGCUUGCACGCCAACAUCGGACCCACUGUUUCUCUAUCCUGUUCGUGAACGAAGGAGCUCGCCUUAUCCGAUGGGAUCGAGCAGGUGCGAUUGUCACCAAGAAGUUCAGCUACGUCAAAUCCCCCUGGCUGGCGAUGUUUUUCCACCGAUACAACUUCGCAUCACCGUCAGUCCGCGGCGUCGAUACGUCCGUCGAACAGCUUCUGGCUGAAGAUCCGCUCGGGAUGCAAGCACAGGAGGCGUUGAGGACCCAAUCCCAGGAACCUUUGUACAAGUUCAAGAUAGUUGACGACAAGACGGACAUCAUCACGUACUAUAUUGGUUCGAAGCCGACGUUCAAUGUCGGUAGUUCUUUUACGGGUCGCUGCACUCGUUGUUACAAGGUGUAUGAUGUGCAAAGUGCGAGCAUCGUGUUCAUGAAGGACACUUGGCGAGUUGACGAAAAGGACAUGAUGAAGGAGGGCGAUGUGUAUAGGCUGCUGCAAGAACGUGGUGUGGCUAACAUCCUGACCCUCAUCACAUACGGGGACGUGCGACAAGGGGACGAUUCGACUGUGCGUCAAACUACGCGGAGUCAGCUUUUCGCGCAGCUGAGAGGACAUUGUCACGCUCGUCUGGUGUUCAAAGAGAUUGGUCGGGACCUGACGCACUUCGAUACUACGGGAGAGAUAGUGAGUGCAAUCAGCGAUGCGAUGCAAGCUCACCAGGGUGCCUAUCAAGACGCCAAGAUUAUACAUCGUGAUGUCAGUGUCGGGAAUAUACUCAUCUUGGCUGAUGGCAAGGGGGUGCUCAUCGACUGGGACCUGAGCAAAUCGCUCGAACAGCAAGGUGGGCCUCGGCAGAAACAGCGAACGGGUACAUGGCAAUUUAUGUCAGCCAAGUUGUUGGCGAAUACUAGCGCACCUGUACACGAGCUCGCCGACGACCUGGAAUCAUUCUACCAUGUUCUCGUCUGGGUUGUGUUGAGGUUCACUCCACAUCCAAUGGCGAAACGCGACUUGAUGGAGCUGCUGCAAGCGUGGUUUGACGAGGCACAUGCCAGAACAGGAGACGUUCAUGUCGGAGGAAAGCAAAAAGGGAUGUAUUUCGAAAGCAGCUAUAUACGAACGAAAUCUCAACUCCCGGCAGGCGAACUGCGCAACCUCAUUGUCGAUUUAGAGGCAGUCCUCCGAAUUCGGUACGCCGAACUACCAACCGACGCCCAGUUGAAGACACUGCGGCGUCUCGAAGAACGGUACUCAAAAGGGGAGGUCGACGAAUGCGGAUACAGAGAAGAACAGUCCAUCAAUCCCGCGUGGCACCACGCCCAAUACACGGAACACCUGACCAAUCAUACCUGGAUGCUUUCGCGCUUUCGCCAAGCAGCUAGUCUGAGGAGUAGGAUGUUGGACCGACGGGUGGUGCAUGAUGUGACUGCUUCGGACCAGCACAAGAAAGAAACACAGGCGCGGAAGAGGUCGAGCGAAUUGGAAUGUGACCAGGAGGACCAGCCUCCUGCUCGGCGGAGGAAGUUGGAUAGAGCUGCUAAGGAUGUUGUCGAUGGUUACCAAGGUGAACCUAUUGCGGAGGAAGAUAGAGAAGAGGAUGAGGAUUCUCCCGUCGAAGAUCAUGACGAAUCGGUCGAUGAUGAGGAUUAUAUGGACUAGGCUAUGCCGGUCAGAGGUCGUUUAACGGAUAGUCAUGGAUCUAUGAGGUUAUGUCGCAUUCAUCGAUAACGCUUUCGCGACUGCAUCUCAAUAUUACGAUAAUGAUUUGUUGAUAGAUUUUUGUAUAUAUAGAGACUUGUAUCAUAGUAGCUUCUUAUCUUUUCACCGCGUUGACAGCUUUCCACAGAACAUUAUUGUCAUUGUCCCCGAAGUCGGUAAUCUAAGGAGAGAUAUUGCUAUAACUAAGGAAGUAUGUACCAGAAGCUGUAAAUACAAUACAGUUGCAUAGAAUAACUUUUGAGGUGUGUGCCUACC